AUGACCGAUAACUUCCGAAAGAAUUUGAUUUCGAAGUGCAUUCGUGACAGCGGCACGGGAGAGCUGGAUGCCGACUUGCUGAAUGAGGUAAUCAAUGGGACAUCAGAUAUAGAUGUGGUGCGGCUGCGCACGUACGCUUGGCGUCAUACGAUUCCAAGUGUCCAUCGUUUACAGAUGUACAAAUAUAUGCUUGGGAUUUCUGGAGCAUAUCCGGAGACACGUACUGUUGUAGCGCAACAUAGGAGAGAUGAGGCCAUGGUCCUCUUGCGUUGCUUAGUAACAACACGUUCCACGGAAUGUAAAAUAAUCAACGACGAAUUGAUAGAGCCUGGGCCAAAUAACGAUGAUGUUGUGAAAAUGAUCCUUUUGGCUAACAACCGCCUUACCGAUAACUUCACGAAAGAUGUACAGACAGUAGUGAUAUCUGCGAUUGUGCGACAAGUAGAAGCAGUUUGUCGAUGUGACUGGGUUGACACGUUCUGCAUUGCUCGGUCCUUGCAUUCUAUGUUGAACGAAACCUUUGAUGAGCGCACAGUGCGAAGUGUGAUAAAAGAGAUUCAUCAUGAAGUGCACUUAGCAGAAGCCACCCGUGAUGUGUCUGAACAAUUUUGGGCAACAUUCAACAUUGAGAUUUGGCUUCGAACCGGGUGCUGUGCUUUGCUGCGAUCGGAAAGAGCGAUGCAGCGAGUACUGGACAAAUUAUGCACUGGUAUGAAUAUUGUACCCCUUGUGAAAGCCGUGGCAGUUGACUAUUUACAAAGUGCUGAGAGUCGUUUUGGUCAAGGAUUCAAGGAUGCCGGCGUCGCUAUGACUGAGGAUGGAGAGUUACGAAUGGUGAACCGAGCGAUUGAACAAGUUUUCGAAACUAUGCAGAAAAAGCCCUCCCGAAUCAGUGAUUCCCGGCUCAAAGAUGAGUUAAAAGGAUUAAGGAGCGAAGCAGUUAUCAUCUGGUUGGCAAAUCCUUCCUCUAGAUAUUUCCACAUUUCCACACAAUACGAUAUAGUGCUCCAAGUUGCAUCACUAUCAAUUUGGAUUCUUAGAGGUUACGCUGGUAUUUUAAUUAAAGCACCCUCUUCACUUUUAGAACAACGAGCGAUGCGACAUAUUAUGACAGCAAAAUAUCGAAGGUUCGGGCCAGUUCUUCCAUUCUGCUGUUGGUUCUGUGAUUCUAUGGAAACUCUGUGA